UCAAAUUUGUUUUCACCGUGUGGUGGACAGCAGGAAAGUUGCCCCACAGAGUGGAGUGACGUUUGACAUUUAAAUAAGGCGAGUUCUUGUGUCCUUAGUCCUUAGUGCCAUCAUUUAUUAAUUUGUCGACGCUUUUGAUAUAAAAAACAAACAAACUCAACAGGUCUGAAUAAAUCAUUAAAUCAUGGCGCUGGCGGGGGUGAGAGUUAUCGAGCUGGCAGGACUGGCUCCUGCUCCGUUCUGCGGCAUGAUCCUGGCCGAUUUUGGAGCCAAGGUGGUCCGUGUGGACCGAACAAAGACCUCCACGUCUCUGGACACACAAGCUCGGGGGAAAAGAUCAGUCGCAAUCAACUUGAAAUCAGCAGAAGGCGUGGCAUUACUCAGGAAGCUCUGUGUUCAGUCUGACGUGGUCCUCGAGCCCUAUCGCAAAGGUGUGAUGGAGAAACUGGGCCUUGGUCCAAGAGAGUUGCUGAAAGAAAAUCCUCGUCUGAUCUACGCCCGGCUAACGGGUUAUGGUCAGAGUGGGUCUUAUGCCACCGCAGCUGGACAUGACAUCAACUACCUCGCUAUGUCGGGCCUCUUAUCCCGACUGGGUCGCAGUGGAGAGAAGCCCUACGCACCGCUAAAUCUUAUAGCAGACUUUGCUGGAGGAGGCCUUACUUGUGCUCUGGGGAUAGUCUUAGCUCUGCUGGAGAGGACAAAGUCAGGCAAAGGACAGGUCAUUGAUGCCUCCAUGGUGGAGGGUGCUGCCUAUUUGGGUUCGUUUGUGUGGAAGUCUCAGAGAGUUGGUUUGUGGAGCCGUGGCAGAGGAGAGAACCUGUUGGACAGCGGAGCACCUUUCUACGAUACCUACAAGACCCUGGAUGGAAAAUACAUGGCUGUGGGACCGUUAGAGCCACAGUUCUACGAGCAGCUGCUUAAAGGCUUACAGUUGGACGCUGGAGAAUUGCCUCCUCAGAUGAGCUUCAGCGAUUGGCCGGAGAUGAGACGGAUCUUCACGCAGCGCUUCGCCUCAAAGACGCAGGCGGACUGGUCGAGGAUCUUUGAUGAGGUUGACGCUUGCGUCACACCUGUCUUGUCUUUUGACGAGGUGAGCUCUCACCACCACAACCGGGAACGAGGCUCUUUCGUGAAGAACUCCAGCGGCGAGGAGUUCCCCCGGCCGGCUCCGGUUCUGUCUCGAACUCCCGCCGAGCCUUGCCUCGCUUCUGACCCGGUUGUUGGAGAACACACGGUGGAAGUCCUACAGGAGUAUGGCUUCACUUCAGCGGAGAUAGACAAGAUGUUGUCAGACAGGGUUGUAGAGUGUAGGGCUGAAAAGGCAAAGCUGUGAAGGAAGCUGGAAAACUUCCAAGAUGUCGGUGAUAAACAAACUGGAUGAUUUUAGUGAAAAUAAGAAGCAGCUAAUUAAAAGAAGUAAUGUAACCUGAAACUGAAACGGUUACGCAAGUGGCCUGAACCGAACAGGCCGAACCGAAAGGGUUCACCACAACCCCGUGGUAUCUAGACCGCAUUUGUCCAAAAUCCCUAACCCUAAAUAUUUCCCAGCAUCUCUGAGACAUUUGUGAGUUAAAUGUGUGUUUUACAGCUGCUCACCACUUCAGUCAAACUGGUCUUUAAAGAUGUGGAUCACUGAAAAAAACAUUUUUAAUCAUUAUUUUUGAUUAUAAUCACUGCUGAUGGCUGAACAUGUAAAUAGUCUCCUACAUCUGCCCCCCUUCAUUAGCUUCUGAUAGAAAAUAGACGUUAAAACUCUGGGAUUUGAAAAGUCUGACGUCACACUGUCACUUAACAUUAACAAUGGAACGCCCUUCCCUUAGCUGGUAGGCUCUCCCCAUCAGUAGAGGUUUUUAAAAUGAGGUUGAACACCUAUUUUAUAAUCAGGCUUUUAACUCUGUGGGUUAGCUGUUGCUGGUAUUUUUACAUAUUCUAAUUCUGUUAUGUUUAUAUUGUUGGGUUUUUAAUUGUCCCUGCUGGUUUUAUCUGUUUUAUUUUAGCUAUACAGCACUUUGGUGGCAUGUUUCAUGUCCGUACGGUGCUUUGUAAAUAAAGGUUGAUUUGAUUUAACAUUCAUGGACUCACCCAUCGUAGCUCAUGAUGGGGAAGGCUGUUGUUUUAUUUAGAUUCCAGGAAACGGCAGAGAAUGUCUUGGCUAGUAGAAGCUAACUGUUAGCGUUAGCAUCUCCACACAGCGCAAUUCCUCCAAGCUUUUGUUAUUUGUGGAGAUAAAACAUCAACGUUGUGAGUCAGCUGCUGUUAUCCAGUCCUAGGACACAUGUCCAAAUAUCAGGAAAUAAGAUUCUGUAACCUUCUGUCUGAAGCUCAGCUUUAAUGUGGCUCACUCCUCAUUCCUGGAAAUGGUGCACCAGCACAUUGAACGACUAACUCCGACGGCACACUGGAAGCAUCAGCGGAGCAGUUUACUCGCCACAAUCACAGCAGUCUAGUGCAGACCGGGAGAGUCUUGGCAGCAAAGCGACGUCUUUGCCGUGCUCCUCGCGAGAUCAGAAAAUCCCUCGCGACUUCAAAGGUUAUGGUUUGUUUAUGCAAUCCAUGAUUAAACCAAACAGGAGGAAAUCACGUUAUCACUGUUUGAUGUCAUGUAGCACUUCUGGAACCAUACUAGAAGUAAAUAAGUUGUUGGGCUUCAUAUAUAUAAAAUUGCAUUGCUGCAGUACUUUUAUUUUGAAAAUUACCGAGGAUUCUACACUAAAACCGUGUGUGAUUUCCUGUCUUGCCCUAUGUUAACUGCAGAAAUUGACGCAUCCCAGUGGUUCACGGGAAAAAAUAGAACCUGAUCCCAUCUUUAGUGGAGCGGAUUUGUAACACUCAAUAGACUAAAAUGAAUUCUAUUUGAAGCAGUGCCGUUUGGCGCCGCUGAUGCUUCCAGUAUGCAGUAGUGGUUACAAGGCAUUCAUUCCUACUAGGAAAAUCUGCAAAUGUAUUAAAAAUAUGAGUAAAGUACCACUUUAGUUUUAUUGUUACUUGUGGAUAACUUCCACAAAUAUAUUCAUCUCCAUAAGCAUUUGAACAUUGUGCAUUUGUACUCCUCGUAUGUGCAAAUGUAUUGAUUAAAUGAGAGUUCAACACCUUUAAUGAAGCGCUUUACAGAGAAUCCAGUUGAUUGACACUCUGCUGGUGAUGGCAGACUACAUCAUAGUCUUCAGAGGCAAGGCUGCCUUCUCUGAUCACCUCCACUGCACAGGGUUUCACUAUGAACCCUGGUUGAAAGCCGAUGGAUGCAAUGCCCUUUAUUUCAUUACUGGCACACAGAGUUUCACUGUUCUGGAAAUCUCCUCCCCCUCCAGCUGCAUCACUCUGGCUGAAGGAUGUUGUCUUUUUUUAAACUUGAUGUUCAGAUUUUGCAGCAUUUUAUCACUUAUUUUAUUUAUUUGAAGACAUUUACGUACAAGUAUCAUGUUUUUAUUUUGUGUCCCAGUUCUUAUGGGGUCGAUUAUAAGCUUGGUUUUAAGUUGUGUCAAAAAAAAAAAGAGACAAAAAAAGCUUCACAAUUAUUAAUGGCUUUCAUUUUCUUUUUGAGGGAAACAACUUUUAGUGGAAAAACAUUACAUUCAUUCUGGAAAAGUCACCUGAGGUUAAAGGUCAUGUUCUUCCCCAGAUUGCAUUUGAGCUUAAUUCAUCAGCUUUUUUCACUGCCUCUGAUUCCUUGACUGAGUCGGAAAAUAAUUUUAGAAAACCCAAAUUUUUAUUCAGAAGGAAGGAAGGAAGGAUGAGGAGAAGACACAAGUAAACAGUCCCGUUGUUUUGCUCUUUUUUCCAAACCUCAAAGUUAGUUAUUCUAACGCUGCAGUAGUAAACCAGAUCAGACCGUGCUGGGUGUUUAGAGCUUUCUCUACUGCACCAGCUCCCCUCCAGAUGUAUUGUCCACUGAAAAGCCCUCAGGAGAUGGAGAUUAUAGAUCUGUGAAUUUAAAAUAGGAUCAUUGAUGUAAUGGGUUGUUUAUUUUGUGGAUUUUUAACCAGAACCAGAUUUUCUCAACUACUAAUAUAAAAACCCUCUAAGGCCUCUAAAGGAGUGUAAACGUCACCUUUUGUCAAAAAUAACGUUAAAGGAACUGCAUAAUAAUUAACUUAUUCAGAUGUGUCAGAUGACAGAUCUGAAGCAGACAAGGUUUACUGUCUCUGAUUUAGAGAGCAAAUAUAAUUACUUUUAUCUACAAAGGAAGUGCUGCCAGCUCGGGCAGGUAAGUUAGUCAGGAAGUUAAGAACAUCUGCACAAAACAGAGUUUGCAUUAAAUAAAAAAAUAAGGAAAAACCUUGUUUACGUGGCGUACAGAAUAAAUAGCAGAAGUGUUGUGCCUAUUAAAGUGACCAGAGAAUGAAUGGGUGACAUCCCUGGAGCGACUGCCUGCAUCCACACAGAUAUUCACAUCACCUUCUCCUUCACCAACAGCCUGCAAGUAAAGUUUAAAAUCAAAGCACCAGUAAAUGUCAAAACCUAAAACACACACAGUUAUUUUUAUACGUUGUGUGUUUGAGGUGACAACCUUGAAUUAAACCUACCCUAUCAAAUAUUAUUGACAUUGUUGUGAGAUAUUAAAACAAAUAUUGCUAAGGUGAGGAGACUCGUUUGAUGCUUUGAGAAGACCAGAAACUUGAAAUUGUCUGAAUAAAUACAAAUUUUAGCUGCAUAAAAUGCAGUGAAAUUGACCAGAGAUGCCAGAAACUUGCCAGUAACUCUGUUUCUCAUUGUUCAUGUUUUUGUUUACAGUGACAAAAACAUUCUGUGUUGAUUUGUCUUAAGUGUUUCUGCUGUGAUGUUUCCACUGACAGGAUGAAAGAGAAUGUCUUCUAUUAUUUUAUUAAUUAUGAACAAUAGCCUUUUAUUAAAUAAUUUAAAGCAUUAAAAGUGAAAGAAAUGAA